AUGGCACAAGAACACAACUUCACCCUGUACGAAGGGGAAAAGCUCAAAUGUCUCCGUGACCAUCACGCGGUAUACAAAUACAUUCCUGGCCAUGAUCCAGCGAAGCCCCUUGUGGCAUUCGUCCCGGGGAUGGCGCACAACGCGCGCAUCGCAUACGGCGGACACGCAGGCCACCGCAGUGAAGACUUUCUUGCCCAUUGGUUCAACCAUCACGGUUACGGAUUCCUAGGCAUUUCCUAUCCCCUAGAAACAGAUCCGCCUAUGAUGCCGGUCUCCAGUUCCAACUUCACAAUUCCCGAAUGGGGCCAGCAAGCCGCUGAUGCUAUCGAUGCCGUCAUCACGGAACAUAAUCUCUCCCGCAGUGUCGUCGUCCUUGUCUGGAGUAUGGGCGGUAAGAUCCUCCAGCCUGUUACUGUUGCCGCGAAGCGGCUAGGCAUUGCAAUCGAGCUUUUCAUCUCGCUGGCGGCAACACCCGCCCUUCCCGGGCUCCUGACGGCUGUUUCAAAAACGCAGCUUGAUAAGACCACCGCGGGUUACGCGACCAAGCCCUUUCUAGAGAAGGCAUUCUUGCGACAGAUGGACGAGCAAGAUAAAAUCAACCAUGAGAUUGAUGAGAAAGACAUGGUUACUCAAAAAAAUGCCGCACCUCGCCAUAUCAUCGACCCGACCAUUUUCAAGAGAGACUACAUCGGCGCCACCCCCAUAGGCAUCACUGCUUCUGGGUUCCGGUAUGAUGCCGCGACAAAGGAAUUCGUCAAAGAAGACAAUGAGUGGCAGUUUAUGGACGACGGCCAAGCGCACGACUACGCCAACCUGCCCGCCAUGGCUGCCAUCUAUCCCACCAGCGCGCUGGACUUCCGGCAUGCGAUUACCGACAAAGCAACGUGGUCAUUUUUAAUGAUCCAGCGCGCUAUGGCCAAGAUGACACAGGAUGGAACGGCCACGGCUUAUCAGCAAAUCGGGGAUGAUGGCGCUGCAGCGUUAUCGCAGGCAAGAUUUCGCUUCCAGGAGAUGCAGAGGGUUGUGAUGAACAUUCCUGAGUUGAUGACUGCUGAGAUCCUAGGUAAUCAUUUCUUCUUUGUUGGUGAAAGUGGUGCGAGACAGACUGUCGAGACAGUUGUCGGGUUUCUUGAGAAUUUGGUCACUAUUCAGCAAGAUAUUGCCUAUGAAUUAUCUUCCCUGUGA